AUGGAAACAAUGCUGGAACCUGAAAGUGAAGACAGGCCAUCUAAAUAUCUAAGUAGUACGUUUGGCACCCUUAUUAAUCAUCGUCGUGUCCAAAGGGAAGCUCCCGUUUUGGAUCGGAAACCAAUGCUGUACUUUGCUACGUCGGCAGCUGCUGCUAUAUCUCACACAAGCGAAGGAACUGAUCUGUGCUUUAGUCUUCCAUACGAACCGUUUGCUGCAUCAAACUUACAAAAAAAACUUAAAAAGCUAGUGUUCUUAGAGUUGCAACAUGUAGGGCUAUUGGUUGAGGAGUUCAAGAUGAGGUGGUCGGAAACCUAG